AUUGCAAGAUCAUUGAGAAAACUAAAGAUGAUUGGUGGGGGAAAAUCUCCUUGUCAAGUGCUAAGAAUAAUAAUAGCAGUAUUUGUCUGGUUGACAGCAAUGGUGGUAGCAAAUGUUCCUAAUCCUAAUUAUGCUGAUGCCUUAACAAAGAGUAUACUCUUCUUUGAAGGACAAAGAUCUGGUAAAUUACCCCCUAACCAGCGCAUGUCAUGGAGAAAAGAUUCUGCUCUUCACGAUGGAGCUGACAAGGGUGUGGAUUUGGUAGGUGGGUACUAUGAUGCUGGUGACAAUGUGAAGUUCCACUUUCCAAUGGCUUUUACAACGACCAUGUUGGCCUGGAGUGUCCAGCAGUUCAGAAAUUCAAUGGGACCAGACUUGCAACAUGCCAUGGAGGCUAUUAAGUGGUCCACGGAUUAUUUCUUAAAGGCCACAAACAUUCCAAACGUAGUAUAUGCACAAGUAGGUAACGCGGAGGACGAUCAUAACUGUUGGGAAAGGCCUGAAGAUAUGGACACUCCUCGUACUACUUUUGCAGUUACUGCACAAGCUCCUGGUUCUGAAGUUUCUGCUGAAAUUUCUGCUGCUCUAGCUGCUGCUUCUGUGGUGUUUAAGCCUACUGAUCCUGGAUAUUCCAAAUUGCUUGUUAACAGAGCCAUUCAGGCUUUUGAAUUUGCGGAUAAAUACAGGGGAUCUUACAAUGACAGCAUCGGACCUUGGGUGUGCCCAUUCUAUUGUAAUUACAAUGGAUACAACGAUGAAUUGCUUUGGGCUGCAGCAUGGCUCCUCAAAGCUACAAGAAAGCCUGUGUAUUGGGGUUACGUUAAACAAAACAUAAUAAACUUCAAAUCAGACAUGGAAAGUGGCUUAUCAGAAUUUGGAUGGGAUGCCAAGUAUGCUGGGAUCAAUGUGCUUAUCUCCAAGUUUGUUCUCGAUAAUCCUUCAAAUGCAAACCCCUUCCUUCCAUACGCCGAUACGUUCGUCUGCAGUGUAUUGCCUGGAUCUCCCACCAAUACAGUCAGAUAUACUCCAGGUGGACUCAUGUACAAAUCAGGGAUUUGUAAUAUGCAAAACCCAACAGCUAUGUCUUUUCUACUUCUUACCUAUGCGCGCUAUAUGAAGAGCAGGGUAAUACGUUGUGGCAACGUUGAUGUAACUUCAAAGAUGCUAAUACGUUUUGCAAGAAGCCAGGUGAACUAUAUUCUUGGGAGAAAUCCAAUGAACAUGUCAUACAUGGUUGGAUAUGGAACAAAAUUUCCUCAAAGAAUACACCAUAGAGGGGCUUCAUUGCCAUCCAUUGAUCAACAUCCAGGAAAGAUAGGAUGUAAAGAAGGGACACAAUAUUUCGUCAGUGAAAACCCAAAUCCCAACUUGCAUAUAGGUGCAGUGGUGGGAGGACCUGAUAUCAAAGAUAAUUAUGCUGAUUCUAGACGUGAUUCUGCCAAGUCAGAACCAGCUACAUAUGUAAAUGCACCACUUGUUGGCCUCUUGGCUUAUUUUAAAGAACAUCCCUAGUCCCAAUGCUGGUGGAGAUGAUAGCUCAAAUAUGUACAAAUUAUUGAAAUUUCUUUUCUCUGUUAUUGCCAAAAGUGUACCUUAUUGGAACUUCAGGCAAGAGGAAAGGUUAGAAACUUAGAAGCAUAGAGUGUCUGAUUAUCUUUUUGUAUAAAGAUCAUCCACUCUUGAAAUUUGUAUUAUUAAUUGUGUGUUUCUAUACAAAGAAUAUCAUAUAAGACUUA